GGGGUCAGCACAUUGAAUAAUUACAUUGUAGGACGGGAGUGCUCAUUCGCUAUCUCAUUCUCGGACGCUCCAGUUGUCUUAAAAUGUUACUUGUACUGUUCUCCCUGUUUGUAGGAGUUUUUACCGCGGAGUAUACUUUACCUGGAGUAUGUCCUGAUGUCAAGCUGCAAGAUAAUUUGGAUCCAACUAAGUUUUCAGGCCUAUGGUAUAAUGUAGCAAGUUAUGCCAGCGAUGGACGGGAAAUAUACGACUGUUCCACUAUGGACUUCCAAGAAGACAACUUGGGAUACAUGUAUAAAGAAACUUAUGUUCAAAUGGACCAGGGUAACAGAACCCAGAAGGUAUACCAAGCCAGAGUGGACCCCACUUUUGAUGCGGGAAACAGGGCUCAAUUUAUCAUGAGUCAUGAAGCAGGAGACAAAGUGCUCCAGUUUCCAUUCUUGAUUCUAUCAACUGACUACGAUGGCUAUGCAAUCGCUUACACAUGCAAAUGGCUGAAGGAGAAAAUUCGUAAACACUACGUUUACACAUGGGUGCUGACACGUGGAAAGGAAAAACUUCAAGGAGAACUCCUGAAAAAGGUUGAAGAUUCGCUGUCCAAAUACCCAGAGCUGGCUGAACACAGGACUUCGUUCGUUUUCAAAGAUUUCUCAGAAGCAAGCUGUGCCUACACGAAUAAACUAGAAACUGAUUUCUUUACAAGUAAUUUCUGGUGAAUCCUUAGCGAAAAUCUUGUAUUAGACUGUUAAUAAAUGAUUUUAAGCAUAA